UGCGCGCCGGCCCGCGCAGGCAGCGGCGGCGGCGGAACCGAGCGGAGGAGUGUGUGGCCGCGGCGCCGCCAACUCGUGUGGGACUUGCCGCUCCGGCCGGCCGGCCGCCGAUCCGCGCGCCGGUCCUCCCGCCGGCAGCAGAGCCCGCCCGCGCGCCGCCCGUGCCCUUGUGAGGCUGGCAUGCAGGAUGGCAGGACAGCCCAGCCACAUGUCCCAUGGAGGGAGCUCGAACAACCUCUGCCACGCCCCAGGGCCUGCACACCCUCCCGACCCACAGAGGCACCCUGGCACCCUGACCUUUCGCUGCUCGCUGGCAGACUUCCAGAUUGAGAAGAAGAUAGGCCGAGGACAGUUCAGCGAGGUGUACAAAGCCACCUGCCUGCUGGAUAGGAAGACAGUGGCUCUGAAGAAGGUGCAGAUCUUUGAAAUGAUGGACGCCAAGGCAAGGCAGGACUGUGUCAAGGAGAUUGGCCUUCUGAAGCAACUGAACCAUCCAAACAUUAUCAAGUAUCUGGACUCAUUUAUUGAAGACAAUGAGCUGAACAUUGUGCUGGAGCUGGCCGACGCGGGUGACCUUUCCCAGAUGAUCAAGUACUUUAAGAAGCAGAAGCGGCUCAUCCCUGAGAGGACGGUGUGGAAGUACUUCGUGCAACUGUGCAGCGCCGUGGAGCACAUGCACUCACGCCGCGUCAUGCACCGAGACAUCAAGCCUGCUAACGUGUUCAUCACAGCUACUGGCAUCGUGAAGCUUGGUGACCUCGGCCUGGGCCGCUUCUUCAGCUCUGAGACCACUGCAGCCCACUCAUUAGUUGGGACGCCAUACUACAUGUCACCAGAGAGGAUCCAUGAAAAUGGUUACAACUUCAAAUCCGACAUCUGGUCCCUGGGCUGUUUGCUGUACGAGAUGGCAGCUCUCCAAAGCCCCUUCUAUGGAGAUAAAAUGAAUCUCUUCGCCCUCUGCCAGAAGAUUGAGCAGUGUGACUACCCGCCUCUCCCGGGAGAGCACUACUCUGAGAAGUUACGAGAACUGGUCAGUAUGUGCAUCUACCCCGAUCCCGACCAGAGGCCUGACAUCGGGUAUGUGCACCAGGUGGCCAAACAGAUGCACGUCUGGACAUCAAACACCUGAGCAGACGGACCGUGCCUUACCAAAACCCAGCACCCACUCUGCCUUACUUGAGUCUUCGCUCCAAAGUGGCCAUCCGGUAGCCUAGAACAGCUUAGAUGCAGCGUUCGGCAAGUUCCCCCAAAGGGGACCCCCCACUUUACAGCAGAUGCUCAGUGCAGACAGCUGGGAGCAGUGGCACUGAUGGUCAGAUUCAAAAGUCCUUUCUUCAUACCAUGUGGACAAUCUCAGCGGGGUUGUUGACAGGGGUAGGUGGUUCACUGAGCCACCAAAGCCCCCUUGAAUCUGGAUUGUAAUGUGAAUCAUUAGGAUAAUUCUUCCAGUGACCUGUCAAGGUUUAUGCUUGUAAGAGACUUGCAGGGGACUGCGUGAUUUGUGUAGUGAGCCUUUGAAAAUGGUUAGUACGAGGUUUAGUUCUUAGUUAUCUUUUCAAACAAUCAAGCUGUUGUGCUUAAUUUACUCUUUGUAAAGGGAUAAAAUUCAAGUAGAAUGGAGAUUUGGCUAGUAUUUUCAUCUAUGUUUUAUAACUUGAUGAAUGACGAUAAUGAGAACCCAGCAUCUGGCCUAGAGCUCCACAGGCAAAUGGUGGUUGAAAGCCAGGAGUAUUUUCCUUGCAGCCUGGUUCAGCCUUCUUCUCCUGAACACCUGCCUUGUACCAGGCACAUCGCCUCCUGGAAUGCUGGCAGUUCAUUUCAUGAUCAAUGUUAGGCAUCCUCCUCCAUGGGAUAGAAAAAGCACGAGGGCAAUGCCCAGGCCUGUCCUUGACAAAUUAUGGUUCUGCAACUUCCUUUUGUGACUGUGGGUAAGUUUCUUAGCCAUUCUGAGCCUUAGUUUCCUCAUCUGUAAAAUGAGAUUAAUAAUAUCUACUUUUAGGGUUGCUGACAGAAUUUGGAAUAAAAUGUGCAAGUGAGCUAACACAGUGUAGAUGACCCCAAAAUGGUAGUUACUCACCCCUUCACAGAACUGAAGUCCGUGGACCACGUAAAUCAAGAAUUAAAGUACAACUGUAUUAUGUGUAGGAAACCAUAAAUGUGUUCAUUUAUUUCUUGUUCCCAAAUAGGAUUAACUGUGAAGACUGAUUUAUAAAUGUGAACUUAAGAAAACUCAAGCUCAGAAGAAAAUAGUUUUAAUUUUGUUUCUAUACUCAAGUUAACCCUCAGAAGCUGCCGUCCCUGAUCUGGUGAUAGUUCAGCCCUGCAAAGAGCACCACUGGUGUCUUGGGGAGGUGCUUCCCGGGCCGGCUGUUGCUCUGUCUCCAUGUGUGGACUCUGCUGUCUGGUACCACUGUUGGGUUUGGGAGACUCCACAUGCGGCCUUUCCUCUGUACUUAGUCUCCAUGUUUGAAAUAAAAGGGGGGUGAGGCUAUAAUUCAUGCAUGAUUUCAAAACAGCUUUGGAGAUUUGGCUCUUAAAGAAAUAGAUACAAAACUUAAAACAGUGUCAGCAGCACCUUCCUUUCAAAAUUCAACUUCCAGAUCCCAGAUAUUAAGUCUGGGAUUAUAUUUUAAGCUCCCCAAAUAAUUUUGAUAAUCAUCAGCCUGGUUUCUGCCUUCCACCAUUUCACGCUUCUCCCCCAACACACUCCUAGCACUUACAAGGGUAGUUGUCCUGAGAGUGGAGUCACCCUGGAAUGUUCUCUGUGGGGAGAAACAAGUCCCUAUCUCCUGCCCAGCACUUACCACUGAAAACUUGUGAUCCCAAACAGAUUUUUUUGUAAAUGUUCUGCAUCUGGCUCUCAGAGCGCCUGCUGUCUUCCCUGGGCACAGAGAGCCUCCACACGCACACAGACUUGCUUUCUACAUGCCGUCAAUCCACCUUCCACACUGUGAUCAUAAUCUGUCUUAAUUAGACCCUCUGGAGGCACACAAUCUCAGCCACUCGCCGGGCCUGAGUGUCCAUGAAAUGAUCAUGUCUUAGUUAUUACGAAACAGUAAAUCCUAAAACAGUCCUUUGAUUUCCAUGAAACCGGCCACAGUGGAGUCCAUCUGCCUGCCUUCUCUUGGUACUUAGAAUUGAGCAGGCCUUGAGAAUUCAAACUCACAUUCAUCUUCGACAUGUCUUUCCUACUUAGCUGCUGAGUUAGAAGGCUGUGUGGCACUGUCACCCUAUUUAAAAACAUCACCACACACCAAACCUGAAGCCACCUUUAACAAAGACACAGCCCACAUUAACAAAAGGGCUGGGGAUAAAUGUCUGAAGAAUCAAAGUUACUCCAAUCUGACUCCUGGCAACAGACAAGGGAGGCCUCAUCUGGUUAGGAGGAUCACA